CCGCCGCGCACGCACAUUUGGACUUCACCGAUUGUCACUGAAGAGGAAAAGGGAAAACACACCGGAUUACAAGGAUGGGGUUCUACGGCACUUUAAAGAUGAUUUUCUACAAAAUGAAGAGAAAGUUGGACCAUGGCCCCGAGGUCCGAUCUUUCCCUUCAGGAAAAAAACCCUGCAAAGGCCCAGAAUAUCCAAGCCCAGGAACUGUCCCAUGUCCAGCCACACCCACCACAUUUGGCCACAUCAGAACAGCCAAUGGUCAGGGGCAGCAGAGACGGCGCAUCACCUCAAUCCAGCCACCCACGGGUCUCCAGGAAUGGCUCCGAACAUUUCAGAGCUGGACUGGCCCAGAGAAGCUGCUGGCGCUGGAUGAGUUGAUUGACAGCUGCGAGCCCACACAAGUCAAGCAUAUGAUGCAGGUGAUCGAGCCGCAGUUUCAGCGAGACUUCAUCUCCCUGCUGCCCAAAGAGCUGGCUUUGUAUGUGCUGUCAUUCCUGGAACCGAAGGACCUCCUCCAAGCGGCCCAGACGUGUCGCUACUGGCGCAUCCUGGCAGAAGACAACCUGCUGUGGAGGGAGAAAUGCAGGGAGGAAGGCAUCGAUGAGCCUCUGCCCCUCAAGAAGAGGAAAGUCGUCAAGCCUGGCUUCACCCACAGCCCCUGGAAGUGUGCCUACAUCAGGCAGCACAGGAUAGACACCAACUGGAGGAGAGGGGACCUCAAAUCACCCAAGGUGCUGAAAGGUCAUGACGACCACGUGAUCACCUGCCUCCAGUUCUGUGGCAACCGCAUCGUCAGCGGCUCCGACGACAACACCCUGAAAGUCUGGUCGGCCAUCACAGGAAAGUGUCUGCGUACGUUGGUGGGCCACACAGGUGGCGUGUGGUCAUCCCAGAUGAGAGACAACAUUAUUAUCAGCGGCUCCACCGAUCGCACACUCAAGGUCUGGAACGCAGAGACAGGAGAAUGUAUCCACACCCUCUAUGGGCAUACCUCAACAGUGCGCUGCAUGCACCUACAUGAGAAAAGGGUGGUCAGCGGCUCCCGUGACGCCACGCUGCGCGUCUGGGACAUUGAGACAGGUCAGUGUUUACACGUCCUCAUGGGCCACGUGGCGGCGGUGCGCUGCGUCCAGUACGACGGGCGGCGGGUGGUCAGCGGUGCCUAUGACUUCAUGGUCAAAGUGUGGGACCCCGAGACGGAGACCUGCCUCCACACGCUGCAGGGCCACACCAACAGAGUGUACUCAUUACAGUUUGAUGGGAUCCACGUGGUGAGCGGCUCAUUGGACACGUCUAUAAGGGUCUGGGACGUGGAGACGGGCAACUGUAUCCACACGCUGACGGGGCAUCAGUCCCUCACCAGCGGCAUGGAGCUCAAAGACAACAUCCUGGUCUCAGGCAACGCAGACUCCACUGUCAAGAUCUGGGACAUCAAGACGGGCCAGUGCCUGCAAACACUGCAAGGUCCUCACAAGCACCAGAGUGCCGUGACGUGCCUCCAGUUCAACAAGAACUUCGUCAUCACCAGCUCGGACGACGGCACGGUUAAACUGUGGGACCUGAAGACGGGCGAGUUCAUCCGAAACCUGGUGACCCUGGAGAGCGGCGGCAGCGGCGGCGUGGUGUGGCGCAUCCGGGCCUCCAACACCAAGCUGGUGUGCGCGGUGGGCAGCCGCAACGGCACAGAGGAGACCAAGCUGCUGGUGCUGGACUUUGACGUGGACAUGAAGUGAGGAGGGACACGGUGAGGAAGGACGAAGAGAGCGAACCACAGAGAGGAAGGAGUAGAGAGGGAAUGGGACACGAGGGCGCCUAGAAACCGGGAGGGCCAAAGCCCUGAACUCUUCACCCAAACUCGCAAAAUCUACAACCACCACCACCACCAGUGGGCUGUCCUGUCCUCUACAAUCAUCUUCCCCGUCCCCCUUUGGGCAAAUGUUACCGACGGAGCCGCAGACCCUCACAUGUGUUCAGCCCCUGCUUUUGUCCCCCCUACCACCAGUAGGCGGUGGAGUCGGAGGGGAUUGGGCUGGAAACGAGGCAGGGGGUGGGGGCACGACCGGUCUGUCCCGCGAUUGGCUGGGAGAAAGAAGAGGAAGAAAGGAAAGACGACUGAACUUUUGAAGUGACUCUCAACCCUUUCGGUUUGGGGUCAGCUUCGCACAGAGACUUGGUUUCGCUCAAGCCUGACAGAUUUUGAGAUGUACAGAGAUAUAUUAUUUUUUAAAGACCCCCACCCCCCACCCCCCACCCCCCACCCCUACCCCCAUCAGUGCGCACCCACACACACAUACACUCAAACGGCCAACCGGAAAGUGGAAAAGAUUGAGGAAGACAUUUAAAGCUAAAUUUCCACACACAGUUACACCUAAAGAGCUGCUUGUAGAGGAGAGAAAGCCUGCAAUCAGGCUCGUUUCUUGUCACUCCAUUUCCGUUCUUAUUGUUCUCCACUCGGUUUCAGUUGUUUGAUUUCUUUACAAUAUCGCACACAAACACAACUGUGAAUUUCAGUACGUUUCUGGUUUAUCAUAUGAAAGGGGUUUCUCUUUUUUUUUUUUUUGUCCUUGCAGUUGCCAACAGCAACAAAUCCCAGUAUUAGAAAGCUGCUCUGUUUAGGUUUGCUGUCAUUAUGUCACAAGGAUUGUUUUUUUGUCUUUUUAUUUGAGUUGUUUGUUCUUCCUUUCUGUUUUCUACAUACCUGAUUUUGGAGCUCCAUCUCCACGUAAACAUCAGUGCUGUCCAGAAGUUUUCAGAGUCUAGCUGGGGUGGUUUCCUCAAUGCCGGUGCUGUGACGAGAGGAAGUAAAGGUUCUUAGCUCUAAGCGCUGUGGAUUAAUGCCCCUGAAACCCCCCCCCAGCCCCUUCCCCUCUACUGUUUUCCUGCAGUGGCCAAACUGUAUUUAUGCUGCUAGAUGAAUGGAAAAAGAGAGAGAGGGAACUUUUACUUGCUGCGACGUUUUAGUCCCAGGCAAAAUUCCAAAUUGAACUCUAUGUGUUUGGACUUAAAGAAACAAAAGAUGACAAAAGAUAACAUCCAACAUUUUUGUUUAUUUUGUUUGUUUUUUGCCACUGAAACUUGAGCCAAACGUGCCUCUACGAGGCUGAGAGGAGGGAGCGCGUCCGACAGAUACUGACGGGAUCGCCUGCAGAGAGGAAACGAGGGGAUGUACACUGUUGGCGUGCGUGUGUGUGCGUGCGUGCAUGAGUGCGUGUGUUCGCGUGUUAAUGGGCAACUUGUAAACACAUUCCUUGGGACAAAGCUCUUUCAGCCUGUUCUUUGGGGAAAUGUACAAAUGCUGUGUGGACUGGCAAAGAAAAAAAAAAAACUAGCAGAUGUAUCGGUUUUAACACGUGAAUGAAAGAACCGUCUGUAUCCGUGUGUGAUUGUUGUUCCAUUCAAAGAUGUCCGAAGCAACAGAGGAGACCAUCACAAGCAUCAACCGACAGGUGGCGCUGCCAGGAGUCUUAGUGUUACAUGUAUCGCAGUUAAAAUCGGCGGGGCGGCCGCGGACUCGUGGAUCGUCGGCGGGGAAAAAUACAAACACAAAGGUGAACAGAAACAUUGUAGCCAAACGAAAAUCGUCUCAAUCUCCAAGAGUCACAACUCAAGCUGAACUGUGAAAGUGGUAUAACACUGUAUAUUAAAAAAGAAAAAAAAAAGAAAACAAUCUUGCUCUAUCUCCUCUCGUUGUUUUCUCCCUCUGUUUUAAUUUAUGAUCUGGUUUGAGAAAUCAGAUUUGUUGCAGGUGUUUUAUUUUUUCAGUUCAUGUAAACUGCCUGGCAAAAAAGAAAACAGACAGAAAAAACCUUAAAGGGAUUGUGUAUUUGUUUGAUUCACUUAGAAUUUUAUUUUCUUAUAACUUAAGUGCAAUAAAAUGUGGGUUUUUCUUUUUUCAUUUCAAGCAUAUCAGUUGUCUGUUUUUGUUACCUGUGUGAAGGCAUCUUAUAUGUUCAAUAAAGCAAAUUAUUUGGUUAAUUACA